AUGUAUGCCACAGUGCUGACUAGCAAUAACUCCAUGAUUGAGGUCUCUGAGUUCCUCCUGAACUGUUUUGUCAGAUCUCCAAACUUACAACGCUGGCUUUCACUACCCCUAAGCCUGCUCUUCUUCCUGGCCAUGGGGGCAAAUGCCAUACUUCUAACCACCAUCUGGUUAGAGUCAUCUCUGCAUGAGCCUAUGUACUAUUUGCUUAGCCUGCUCUCCCUGCUGGACAUUGUGCUCUGCCUCACUGUUAUCCCUAAAGUGUUGCUCAUCUUCUGGUUUGACCUAAGAUCCAUUAGGUUUUCUGCUUGCUUCCUCCAGAUGUAUGUCAUGAACUGCUUCCUGGCCAUGGAAUCAUGUACCUUCCUGGUCAUGGCAUAUGACCGUUAUGUGGCCAUCUGUCACCCACUGAGAUACCCAUCCAUAUUUACUGAUAAAUUUGUUGCCAAGGCUGCCAUUUUCAUAGUGGUCCGAAAUGCCCUCCUCACUAUUCUCGUUCCUAUCCUCUCAGCUAGGCUGCACUACUGCCACUCCAAUGUCAUUGAAAAUUGCAUCUGUGCCAACCUAUCUGUAUCCAAGCUUUCCUCCGAUGAUAUUAAAGUGAACCGCCUUCUUCAAUUUGCUGGGGGAUGGACACUACUAGGUUCUGACCUCAUCCUCAUCUUCCUCUCCUACUCCUUCAUUCUUCGAGCUGUGCUAAAGCUUAAGGCUAAGGGGGCUGCAGCCAAGGCCAUGAGUACAUGUGGCUCCCAUUUCAUCCUCAUCCUCUUCUUCAGUACCAUCCUGCUGGUAUUUGUUCUCACUCAUGUGGCUAAGAAGAUGGUCUCUACUGAUGUACCCAUCCUGCUCAAUGUCCUGCACCAUGUCAUCCCUGCAGCUCUCAACCCCAUUGUCUAUGGAGUCUGGACCCAGGAGAUCAAGCAAGGCAUUCUGAAGUUACUGAGGAAGAGUCUGUGA